UGGUCUGACCCACCGCCGCUGAAAAACAAAACAAAAAAAAAUCUCCAUUUCUUCUUCUUCUUCUUCUCUCUCUCUCUGUCUCCUCGGGACUUUCUCCGACUCUGUUCGUCGUUUUCUACACUUCAAAACUCCUCAGCUCUUUCUUGAUCUACUUCCUCUAAUAUUCGCUUCUCUCUUAUUCGACACUUUCUGAGUGUCAGAGAUGUGGCAAGUUAUUCUAGGAGCAGCCAUUGCUGGAUCCACUGGUCUUAUUGCCAAACGCUUCUUGAACCCUUUUUCUCCACCCGAGGAUCACGGAGAAGAAGAGCGUGAGCCCGUCGCUCCUCCUCCUGUCGGUAUCGGAUUUCUCAACUCUCCUUGCGACAAAACCAACGGCGUUUUCCGGUUUUCUAGCUCCGGGUCUGCACGGUCCGGAUCCGGGUCUUCUCCCGGGUUUAGGAAGUGUGCAGGGGUGUCAUGCAAGGUUAAGGUUCGUGGAUUGAUGAAGCAGAAGAAAAAGAAAAACAGUGGUGGUGGUGGUGGCUCUGAGAUCGAGAACCGAUCUGGAAGUGUUUGCUUGAAAAAGGCGCGAACUUUGAGUGCUGCUGCCUCCUCUGCUUCAAAACGUGUGUCACGUUAUGAUAAUAAUCAAGAUCGUUCCACUUUCAGCUCGGCACUUGGUGUCUGCAUGAUGUACAUGAUGUCAGCAGAGAAAAACGAAAUCAGUAAGCUGCAUACAGCAACAGAAGAAACUGUCAAAGUCAUCCAGGAGCUUAAAGAUGAACUUUCUAGGAUUAAGUCUUUACAGGGUUUCCAUGAGGUGAAAUCCAGUGGAAUAUCUGAUCCCACAAGAGAAUCUCUGGACACUAAGUCAGGCAAUGAUGGAGAAUAUGCCAGCAGCAUCCUAACCGAGGAGCCAGAACAUGAUGAGGCAGUAGAAAUGGAACAGUUGGAGAUGGAGCUUGAAUCUGAGCUUCAGAAACUCAACUUGGCUGAGACAAGUGAAUGUAUGGAGGAGUGUAAGGAUGUGGUGAAUGGAUCUGAGUCAUACCAAUACGGUGGAAUAUCAGCAUCUGAGCUGGACAAGAAACUAAGCCGCCUUCUCAUUGAGCAACAAGAAGGCCAGAUCAAUGAGCUUGAGUCUGAACUGCAGACUACUCAGUCCAAACUCCAAGAGAAGGAAGCUGAACUCCAAGCGCUUAAGGUCUGCGUUAGACGGCUGACCGAGUUUCCUCUCUUGGACCGUUCAGAUGAUGAACAUGAACAAGACAUGAACCAGGAUCUCUCAGUUUCAUGGAGCCAACAUAACCAAACUGAUAAAGAGGAAAGGAAGCCGAUCAUUGGGAUGAAAAGACCUAUGGAGUCAUCUGUCCAUGUUUAAUAAAAGCAACAACUCUAGAUAAUCCCCAAUCGUCAUCAUAAAUUCUGCACAGUAAUUUCCUGUAUAUACUCGAUCUUGCAACACCAGAAGGAUCCAGAUCUCUGAAGGUUCGUAUCAUCAUAUCAUGCCAAGGUGGUGUUGUAAUAAAAUCCAGAAGAAUCUUUUAUGUUAACCAGAAGAAUCCCAGACUACCAGAAGUCUUCUUCAUAUUUCUCUAGAGAUUUAGAUUGCAAGGUUUAGAAGAAUAGCUAGUGAUUGCGGAUAUGUGAACUUCUUAAUCUAUUGUCUAUCCUCAAGCUGUUAGUGUGCGUCACUGUUGACUUUUCUAAGUUAAAAUGUAAAAGAUAAUCUCAGUUUAAUAUAACAGUUUG